CUGAAGUUGCAAUUUGUAGACCGCGAUAAAAGCCACCAUGAAGACUUCGUUUGCCCUCCUUUCUCUCUUCUACCCUUUGCUGGUGCUUGGUAUUGCCCAGGCGCAGUCUGCUGUCUCGCAACAGCCUGACAAGUUGAACAAUGGUGUCCCAUCCGUCCUUGAUGUUGCUGGUCGCCGCCUCAAGAAGGGAGGCUCCAGCUAUCAUGGUGAAGGCAAAGGCGGCACAGCUUCGUCCAGCGCGGACAGCAAGGGCAAGGGCGGCAAAGGUGCUUCCGGCUCUACGAAAAGCACCAAGUCCUCCAAGUCUCGCAAGUCUGCGAAGGAUCCCAAAUCAGAAAAGCACCCCAAAGCCACCAACGCACCUGCUCCGGUUGGAACUCCCGUAGUCGCCCCUGUUGUGGCCCCCAUCCCAUCUCCCGUGGUCGCCCCUGUUGUGGCACCCAUUCCAUCUCCUGUUGUCACCCCCGUUAUCGCUCCCGUCCUAUCUCCCACCGUUCCUACUAUGGAGGUUGUGGGUGUGGAAUACAACAUCGCGGUGGGAGACACCAUGGGGACUGACAUGAUGGACCUCCUAACAGAGAUCGAAACGGAUCUGGUUGAUGCCAUGGAUACCUUGGCGCCUGAAAUUGUCGCAGAGAUUCUUGCCCCCGGUGGACGUUACUUGAAGGCUAAUGUUUUGGCCCUUCGAAAUGAGCGCCGUCUGAAUGCUGUAGUGCAGUUGCCGACUGCCAUUGAUUCCUUAAUGAUGAUGGAGUGCGCUGAUUUUGUGGCUGGCGACGGUGUGCUUUGCUUUGACGUUGUUCACAACAUUACUCUAAUUAUCAGCGGUGACACUGUACCGGAGGUAUUUGCGGGGCUGUUUGAAGCAGACAUGGACACCGCGAUUGAAGAAGAUCGGCUACAAGACGAAUUGAUUGAGAUCAAUCCUAACUCUACGGUGAUUGUCUUUCCCUCUCCCGUGGAUGCUCCUGUCGAUGCACCGACGGAUGCUCCUACACCCCUCGAGCCCACGCCGGCGGAACCGACCCCAGCGGAGCCCACGCCGGCGGAACCGACCCCAGCGGAGCCCACGCCGGCGGAACCGACCCCUGCGGAGCCCACGCCGGCGGAACCGACCCCUGCGGAGCCCACGCCGGCGGAACCGACCCCUGCGGAGCCCACUCCGGCGGAACCGACCCCAGCGGAGCCCACGCCGGCGGAACCGACCCCUGCGGAGCCCACGCCGGCGGAACCGACCCCUGCCGAGCCCACGCCGGCGGAACCGACCCCUGCCGAGCCCACUCCGGCGGAACCGACCCCAUCAGGCUCGUCGGAAGCCCCGUCUAGCGCUCCUUCAGGCUCGUCGGAAGCCCCGUCUAGUGCUCCUUCAGGCUCGUCGGAAGCCCCGUCUAGUGCUCCUUCAGGCUCGUCGGAAGCCCCGUCUAGCGCUCCUUCAGGCUCGUCGGAGGCCCCUUCUAGCGCUCCUUCAGGCUCGUCGGAAGCCCCUUCUAGCGCUCCUUCAGACUCGUCGGAAGCCCCUUCUAGCGCCCCUUCAGGCUCGUCGGAAGCCCCUUCUAGCGCUCCUUCAGACUCGUCGGAAGCCCCUUCUAGCGCUCCUUCAGGCUCGUCGGAAGCCCCUUCUAGCGCUCCUUCAGACUCGUCGGAAGCCCCUUCUAGCGCUCCUUCAGGCUCGUCGGAAGCCCCUUCUAGCGCUCCUUCAGGCUCGUCGGAAGCCCCUUCUAGCGCUCCUUCAGACUCGUCGGAAGCCCCUUCUAGCGCUCCUUCAGACUCGUCGGAAGCCCCUUCUAGCGCUCCUUCAGGCUCGUCGGAAGCCCCUUCUAGCGCUCCUUCAGACUCGUCGGAAGCCCCUUCUAGCGCUCCUUCAGACUCGUCGGAAGCCCCUUCUAGCGCUCCUGAUGGCUUGGAUUAAGCCUCUUCCCAAGAGCCCACCGACCUUCCUAUGUAGGAAGGUCCUUUCAAGGCUUCUCAUUUUUAGGUUUUACAGAAGCAGUUCUCUAGGUCAAUACGUUUCAACGCAAUAAAAGCUGGUGUCAGUUUAUUUACC